CUGAAGAAUCGGAGAGACAGAGUUCUGAGAGCAAACCUUUCGGAUUAUUUCAACAGUAAACCUCGAAUAUUUUUAGGAAUUUGUGUACUGCGCAGCUAUGGCGAGUAGUUAAUCCGGCGCCGACGUGCUGAAAGGUAAGAUACUGAAGGAAUAUUGCCGAAAAGGUGGUGUAGUUUGUAGUUAAAUGUGAGUGGAUAGCACGGUCGACAACAGCAGCUCUUUGAAGAUUACUCCGUGAGGUCUUCAGCGACUACAUCUGGUAAUAAUAAGUAGUGUUGUGCUGCAGCCCUUUGAAGUGAGUGUGAACCUGCUGUACAACCACAGCAGCUACUCUCUGACAUUUAGAAGCUGCCAAAGGCACAGAAUCUGAGCAAGACUAGGAAAACAACAAAACACAACGAGGUUAAAGGAGGAGCAGUUGAAGGAUAAUUAAGCCCUUUCAACUUCUGAGGGAUUAUUACGCUUUAUAGGACACAACAUGGGGAACCAGUUAACAGAAAUUGCCCCUAACACCCCAUUCCUCCCCAGUUUCCAGUCCUUGCACAUAGUUGUGAUUGGUUUGGACUCUGCAGGGAAAACCUCCCUGCUCUACAGACUGAAGCUACGAGAAUUUGUUGAGACAAUCCCCACUAAAGGUUUUAACAUGGAGCGGAUUAAAUUGCCCAUGGGGAAUUCCAAAACCAAUACCACCAUGUACCAGGUGUGGGAUGUUGGUGGCCAGGAGAAACUACGACCCCUCUGGAAGUCGUACACCAGGAGGACAGAUGGCCUGGUGUUCGUGGUGGAUGCUGCUGAGACAGAGCGCAUUGAGGAGGCCAAAGUGGAGCUCCACCGGAUUGCCCGGUUGGCUGAGAACCAGGGGGUGCCAAUGUUGGUUCUAGCAAACAAACAGGAUCUGGAAGGAGCUAUGUCAGCUACAGAGGUGGAGAAGGUUCUGGCACUCCAUGAGCUGAGUUCAUCCACGCUGCACCACACUCAGGGCUGCUCUGCAUUGGAUGGUCAGGGUCUGCAGCCAGGCCUUGAGAAACUCUAUGAGAUGAUUCUGAAGAGGAAGAAGAUGCUUCGACACAGCAAGAAGAAAAGAUGAGGAGGGUAGUUCAGCUGUUGCUUCACAAACCAGUACUUGUAUGAGGACCUUCACACCAGCCAAAUAUGUGACAUUCUGGAUCUAGCCUGUGAGAAACCGGAGAAAAUAAAAGUGAAGUCAUCAACCACAUUGUGGCUUAGGCUUUUGGAGCUGUCCCAAAUGUUAAUACCUUUACCAUCCAUUCUGUUGGGAUUUUAUGAAUGCUUUUCCCUCCCUGCUAAGACCUGGAGUUCCAUGGAAUUGAUCCAGAACAAAGACACAAAGAAUCAUGUGCAAUAUAUGAUGAACAGACACUGAUCCACUCACUCCAAGAUUGAAGGAUAUGUUGUAUAAACUGUAGUGCUACCAGAAACCAUGGGAGCUUAAAAAAUAUUUCCUGUUCCUUUCACCACUUCUAAAUGUUACACAUUAUUAUUAAAUCUUUAUGUUGCAAGACGUUCACCCAAAUGUCUGCUUAAGGUCAAUACUUCUGUUGAUCAGAGUAAUUCUAGUCUUCUUCCUCUAGGUGAGAAAAUGCCCAGUGUUAAAUUAGGUGUGCCAUUCAGAGUAGAGAGUAGGUGUGCCAGAAGUUAUGACAUAUUUACUUAUAUCCAGUCAUGCAACUUUAGAUUGUCUUGAACUCUUUACCAAAGUCUUCUGUUUGAUUUACUUGAGGGUUGACAGAAUUGUUGGUUGGUGUUUUUACAUUAUGUAAAUACCGUUUUGUAAAAUGUCAACAAAUUAAUAAAUUAUUGAGCAAGUUUGGCAA